AGAGGCUUUGCUCUCCGCCUCCCUCGGCGGCUGGGAAAAUGCUGCGGGUCGGAGGCGGAGGGGCGGCGCGGGUGAGCGCCUCCCGAUGGGGCUCCUCGGCGAAGAGGGGCUAUGCCUCGGGGCAGGACAGCCUGAAGCGGACACCUCUCUAUGACUUCCACCGGCACCAUGGUGGAAAGAUGGUGGGUUUCGCAGGCUGGAGCCUCCCUGUACAGUACACUCACAGCCACCUGGAGUCCCAUCUUCACACACGAAAGCAGUGCUCACUCUUUGAUGUGUCUCACAUGCUGCAGACAAAAGUUUUUGGCAAAGACCGGGUCAAGUUCCUAGAAAGCCUCGUGGUGGGAGACAUUGCAGAACUGAAGCCUAAUCAGGGCACUCUCUCUCUGUUCACCAAUGAAAAAGGAGGCAUCAUAGAUGACUUGAUUGUGACCAGUACGUCAGAGGAUCACCUCUAUGUGGUCUCUAAUGCAGGAUGCAUGGAGAAGGAUUUUGCUCUCAUGCAGAACAAAGCAAAGGAAAUGAAAGCAUCUGGCCGUGAUGUUGAAUUGGAGGUUUCAGAGAAUGGUCUGCUUGCUCUCCAAGGUCCUGCCAUGUCCCAAGUGCUCCAGGCUGGGGUGAAUGACAGUUUGGCUAAGCUGCCCUUCAUGAGCAGUGCAACAAUGGCCGUGUUUGGUGUGCAAGGCUGCCGGGUGACACGUUGUGGCUACACAGGAGAGGAUGGUGUAGAGAUCUCUGUCCCUGCAAGCAGAGUGGUGGAGCUGGCUGAACUGCUCCUCAGAGACCCUACAGUGUGGUUGGCUGGACUUGCUACCCGGGAUAGUUUGCGCUUGGAGGCAGGGCUGUGUCUUUAUGGGAAUGACAUUGACGAGAGCACAACUCCUGUGGAGGCCAGUCUGGUUUGGACCCUUGGGAAACGGCGUCGUGUAGCCAUGGAUUUCCCUGGUGCCUCAAUCAUUUUGGCCCAAAUCAAAGAGAAGCCGAAGAGGAAACGAGUGGGGCUGACUUCCACAGGGCCUCCCAUUAGGCAGCAUAUGCCCAUUCUUGGCCCAGAGGACAAGGCUAUUGGAGAGAUUACCAGCGGCUGCCCCUCCCCUUGCCUGCAGAAGAAUGUUGCCAUGGGCUAUGUGGAGAGUCAAUUCAGCAAAGUAGGUACAAACCUCACAGUAGAAGUGAGGAAGAAGAACUGCCCAGCUCUAGUCACCAAGAUGCCCUUUGUUCCCACCCAUUACUACUCCGGAAAAUGAGCUGUAGUUAGGACAGGCUUUGUUUUUUAUAUGAUUUGUAUUACAAUGAAAGAAUCACAAGCUUCUGCUGGAACAAAAAUCCUUGUUUAUGAAGAUAUAGCUCAGUGCCUACUGAGAGAAAAACCAAAAACUACUUCAGGCUUCUGAUGAAGAGAAGCCUCCCAAGACCUUAAUAACUGUGAAGAUACCUGGCCCCAAAAGCACACCUGAGGAACUAUAUGUACUACUGCAUUCUCUUUGUGGGUUGUAAACCCCUGCCAGUUCAUUCCUUUGAGAAAACAAAAUGUUUACUCUAACUCAUGUAUGUAGACAUGACUUAAGCCUUACCAGCAUUUUUACUAUCCCCUUUACCUUCUUAGAUAAUAGGGGUAAAUGUUUUCCUUGUGGUACAAGGGGGAAGACCUUGAUAACCUUUUGAAAAAAGUAGAUUUGCUUAUUAAAAUGUGAACAAAA